AUGGCUUCCCAACCAUUCUCCGAGGAAAUUCGCGCGCAGACAGGUGUGCCCGUGCAAGCAGCACUGGCGGUCCAUGGCGCCAUCUCCGGCAACGUCUCCAUCCGAGGGCCGGCGCGUGAUGCCAGCGCACCGGACAUUCAGUUCUUCUCGGUCUACUGGGGAUCCGAUGCAAGCACACCUAUGUCUUCCUCGCCCGUGGCCGUUGUCCCUGCUGUAGCAGACCCUUCAAGUACCCGGCCGACGUGCACGGACUCCAACGACGGCGAUUGUGGCAGGAUUGUCAUGGAAUCCACUGCUGAUGGAUGGACUAUCAGCCGUACAGGAGGAUACAACAACAACGAGUAUGCCUCCAUCGAGCUUCAAGGACCCGGCAGCAUGACGCUGACAUACUUGGACAUAGAGGCAGGUUGGGACACGCUUUGCCUGGACGGCUAUUGCUUUGGAACGAAUGAUGUGGGAGUGGCGCGCAGCUUCUCUCAAACGGCCACUCUCGUUUGGAUGACGGAUUCAUCAGUCACAUACGACGGCUGGACCGUGGCGUACACAGGCGGUCAACAGGGAGCACAGAGUGCUGUCUUUACUUCCGCGUUCCCACCCUCCACGAUACCUUCUGGCGCAACGCACUUCCUCGUCUAUUCCGGCAAUGAGAAUGGUGAGAUGGCUGCCCCAUUGGCUUCCGAAAUUCAGGAUACCAUCGCCUUGCCGUCGCCAACAUCACUCUCCUUCUCGGACGGCUCACCGACCCCUGGCCACAUCCGGGGCCUCCUUUCGGUCUCCGCCGAGCAGAAUGUGGAUAUUGAGCGUAUCGAUGUCUACUUCGGCACCGCGCAAACUAUCCGGCUUGGAGUUUGCGCCGGGGUGGUUGGCUAUCGAUUCGAGCCAGGUGCGGGACUGAAUAAAGACUGUUCCUGGGCCGGCCUUGAUCUGUGGCCCCUGGCUGCGGACUCGGUGCCUGGCCCGGAUGCCGUCGGUGGCUACGGACUCCGCUUCGAUGGCACCUUUGCCGCGGUGUCGACCAUUCCGCCCAACUUUUGGGAUGGAAUUGCCAACAUACAAUGGACGGGCUGGACCGCCUCGGCCUGGGUCUACCCAUCGGUGCCUCCAUCCCAGAACGUACGCUUGCUUGGACGAUCGAACUUCAAUGAGAUGUUCGAUGUGUUUGCCAUGCAGUUAACACCAGAUUUCCUUGUGCGCUGCGCCGCCGCGGACAAUCCCGACCUAGGACCGGAUGCAUGUACAUCACCAGCUGCACAGCCAUUGCUCCAGAAUACUUGGACACAUGUGGUGUGUCAGCACGAGAUAGACUGGAGUGGUCCGUCGACGGGAUCCACAUUGAGGCCAGGAAUACCCAGAGAGCCCAAACGCCCCGUAGACUCCAUCCCCGAACUCCAUUACUCCCUGAACCUCCCUGACCUCUAA